GCUGUUGAAGCUCAAAUACGAAGUUUUGGACAGACCCCUUCCCAACUGCUCAUAGAACCACAUCCUCCAAGAAGUUCUGCCAUGCAGGUGUAUCUCCUCCUGCAGAGUCCAUUGAUGUUCACAGACCAAGCUCAACAGGACGUUAUCAUGGUUCUAAAGUUCCCAUCCAACUCCCCUGUCACUCAUGUAGCAGCCAACACUCAGCCUGGUCUGGCCACACCUGCUGUGAUCACAGUUACUGCAAAUAGGCUAUUUGCUGUAAACAAGUGGCAUAAUCUUCCUGGUGCUGUACAAGACCAGCCUUACCAGCUGCCAGUGGAAAUCGAUCCUCUCAUAGCCAGCAAUACAGGUAUGCACAGAAGGCAAAUCACUGACCUUUUAGACCAAAGCAUUCGGGUACAUUCCCAGUGCUUUGUCAUCACCUCUGAUAAUCGUUACAUCUUGGUCUGUGGCUUCUGGGACAAGAGUUUCCGAGUUUAUUCUACUGACUCAGGUAAACUGAUACAAGUAAUAUUUGGACACUGGGAUGUUGUAACCUGUCUUGCUCGUUCCGAGUCCUAUAUUGGAGGAAAUUGUUACAUUCUCUCAGGAUCCCGGGAUGCAACAUUGUUGCUCUGGUACUGGAAUGGCAAAACCAGUAUGGUUGGUGAUAAUCCAAGAGCCAGUGAUUUUGCAACUCCUCGGGCUAUUCUGACAGGACAUGACUAUGAGAUCACCUGUGCUACCAUUUGUGCUGAACUUGGCCUGGUAAUAAGUGGUUCAAAAGAAGGACCAUGUCUCAUACAUUCUAUGAAUGGAGAUCUACUGAGGACAUUAGAAGGCCCUGAAACAUUAGAAGGUCCUGAAAACUGCCUGAGACCAAAACUUAUUCAAGCUUCAAGAGAAGGCCACUGUGUCAUAUAUUAUGAAAACGGCCUCUUCUGUGUAUUCAGUGUGAAUGGGAGACUUCAAGCUACUAUGGAAACAGAUGACAAGAUAAAGGCAAUUCAGCUGAGUCGAGAUGGACAGUAUCUGCUUACAGGUGGAGACAACGGAGUUGUCAUGGUAUGGCAGAUGUGGGACCUCAAGCAGCUUUUUGCUUACCCAGGGUGUGAUGCUGGAAUCCGAUCCAUGGCCCUGUCGUAUGACCAAAGGUGUAUAAUGACUGGCAUGGCAUCUGGGAGCAUAGUGGUUUUCUACAAUGAUUUCAAUCGUUGGCACCACGAGUAUCAAACCAGAUACUGAUCUUCGCAGAGAGCAGGAUUAGCACGGAUGCGGGCAGCUGUUGUCAGAAGGAAACUGAACACAGCAUGCCUCUCUUGGCAUCUUGCCACCUCAUCGUUCCUUAUUAAUAGCUGUAGUACAUCUGAAUGUAACUUAAAUUUGCUGGAAGAAGCAACCUAUUUUUUAAAGUUAAUUGCUAUUUUUGUAGACCUUGCUUGACUUUUUUGGGGGAAGGGCAAAGAAGCAGAAAAAUGGGUUCUGUAGUUAAAAAUCUAUAUUUUUAGUCAUAAUGAGAAGUCUAUUUUGAUCCCUGUAUGUAAAAGAAACCUAACGUAAAGAUGGUUAAAACUCA